CAAUAUGAAUUCGCAAUUCACGACUGCUCUAGCAAGAGCAUUGCCUUCAGUCGGUCGACAAUGCCAGUUCCGACCAUCCCCCCUUCGCCUGGUGCGACCCUUUUCCUUCACUCCCCGGACCUACGAGAAUGAGAAACAGCGGUUACGUGCGACUGAACGCCAGCUUUUCGAUGCGCAAAAUGAGCAAUCUACGGAAGGGCUGUCUCCGAUAUCGACGCUCACGCAAAUGAUGCAAGGGCAAGACAAGCCUCCGGCCGUGACAGAGGAUUUCGAGCACAUGAGAGAGAACCUAGAGAGCGCUUUGAUCAAACAUCCGUACGGCGACAAGCAACCACCACACCAUCUCCACGUUUACGCGCACAAACACAAUACCAUCCUGACUCUGACACGACCGAAUGGCAACCCCAUACUCGUGAGAAGCUGUGGUCACUUGGGUUUCCGCAAAUCCCAGCGUUCUGGUUAUGACCCGGCGUAUCAACUAUCCACCCACACGUUCGGCCAAUUGCAAGAAAAGGGUCUGCUCCUCGAUAUUCAGCGACUGGAGAUUGUGUUCCGUGAUUUCGGGCCUGGCAGGGAAGCAUUCACCAAGGUUCUAUUGGGUAACGAGGGGAGGAACAUUCGUGGGCUGGUUAGCCGAGUCACCGACGCGACCCGGAUCAAAUUUGGAGGCACCAGAAGCAGAAAGGUCCGGAGACUGGGUUAAACUGUUAUCUUUCUUUUAUUCUUAUCGAUAUCUGGAAUGCUGUUGUGAACUGCGUAUGCCUUGGCUUUCGCAGGGAGCAAUAGGGAAAUGGCACGGAUUGAUACGACUCUGAUACUCAACACGAAAACGAAUACCAUGGCCUUGCA